GUCGGAGGGGUACUGGGCGAGAGGGGGGGGGGGGGGCGAGAGGAGAGGAGGGAAGGUGGUUGGUUGUGUGUGACUUGACCACGUGGGUGGGCUAGUUGUAUCUGCCACCGGGCUUGAGUGACUGGUUGGUUCAUGCAGGUUGUAGGGUUUGUUGAUGAUGGGGUCAUUUUCUGCAGCAGCUGCUGAGUCCGUUGCACUGUUGCAGGCAGGGACACGUGGCGGACAACUAGUGGUGGGUCUAACUGCAAAAGGUGGCAUCAACGCAUCAGACGUCAGCUGGCUUUGGGCAGCUACUGCAUGGGGAUUGCCUCACCGAAACAGUUCUCGUUCAGCUCGUGGCCGGCAGCGCUCGAUCUUGCCAUCCACCAAGUGUUGGACCAAUCUUUUCGUCGGGGGAAAGGGGAAGGCGAAAGACCGGGUAGUGUUCGCUGCAGUUUGUGGCUGCUGCGCUUUCUUGUCGACUCUUUCCUCCUCGUCGGAGUUAGGUGGACGGCCUCGCCUACCACGGCAGCAGCAUAGGAGGCCAUCAUUCUCAAGGCGUGCCGGUUCCUGCACAAAAGUUGUGCGCUGCGUCUGGGCUGCGAUGGAUGCUACUACACCUUCCUCGUCGUCGUCGACCACUGUGGAAUUGAAAUCCCAACCUUGCGAUGUGUCGUCAGAGACGGAGACGGAGACGGAGACUCUUGGACUUACGAAACCCAGCACACCGUUGAUUCCCACGAUCCGAUUCUCUGUCUCGUCGACACCGGUCGCGACAUGGGCGGGAGAUGUUCUUGCGCUGCUUGUGUGGGAGGAGACGAUGACGAAGGACAAGACCUCCGGAAAGUUCCUCGAUGCGGAGCUGGCGAACAUGGAUGAUAUCACUGUGGGACUGCUUGGAGAGAUUGUUGCGGAGGGCGAUUUUAAGGGCAAGACUAAGCAGUCGAUUUUCACCAGGCUUGUGAAAGGUUCGACGGGACUCAGUUGCAAGCGCAUCGGACUCGUUGGGCUCGGAAAGCGUAAGUCUGAUGAAGAGUUGGAGAACGACAGCGCGCUGUGGAGGGGAGCAGGCGCCGUCUUGGCAUCGGUCGCAAAAGGCUGCACUGCUCACUCAGCAGCUGUGCAGCUCCUUUUAGGAUCCGGCGAAGGUUGCUUGGCAGGGUUGAGCAGCAGCAAGGCCAGGGGGUUAGCUGCGAAAGGGCUUUCAUCAGGGGUUAUUUUGGCAUGUUUCGAAGACACAAGGUUUAAGAAAUCAGAUUCGAAGAAAUUAACCCUUGAGUCGGUGGAGGUACUCGGGUUUGAACCAGGUGCAGAGGUAGAUGCUGCGUUCCAGAUGGCCGUCAAGGUCUGCGACGGGGUGAUGCUGACAAGGCAGCUGGUCAACGCGCCUGCGAAUGUGCUUACACCUGGCGCCCUCGCUGAUGUGGCAGUCGGCAUUGCAACCAAACACGCGGAUGUCCUGUCGGCCACGAUCUUGGAGAAGAGCGACUGUGAAAAGCUGGGAAUGGGCGCGUUCCUUGGGGUUGCGGCGGCCUCAACCCUCCCGCCGAAGUUCAUCCACCUGAAAUACUCGCCGCCGAGUGGAAAGUCGAAGAAACGCCUCGCUAUGAUCGGAAAGGGGUUGACUUUCGAUAGCGGGGGCUACAACCUGAAGCCCAGGGGUUCAAGUAUAGACGUGAUGAAGUUCGACAUGGGGGGAGCGGGUGCGGUGCUGGGAGCGGCCGAGGUGAUUGGAUCGGUCAAGCCGGAGGGUGUCGAAGUUCAUUUUAUUGCAGCAGCUUGCGAGAACAUGGUCAGCGGAUGGGCAAUGCGACCAGGCGACAUUCUCACUGCAUCCAACGGGAAAACGAUUGAAGUCAACAACACGGACGCGGAAGGCAGACUGACGUUAGCCGACGGACUUGUAUACGCAUGCAAGCUCGAGGUCGAUGCGAUUGUGGAUGUGGCUACGUUGACGGGGGCAUGCAAAGUCGCACUCGGCACUGACAUUUGUGGGAUGUUCACGACAAGUGACAUCAUGGCCGAAGAGCUCCGGCAGGCAGCGAGGCUGGCAGGGGAGAAGCUUUGGAGGCUGCCGAUGGAGGAGGGGUACAGGGAGUCGAUCAAGAGUAGUGUGGCAGAUAUGCUCAACUCGGGCGGAAGACACGGAGGGGCCAUAAUCGCUGCUCUCUUCUUGAAGGAGUUUGUCAAGGAAGGCAUUCCCUGGGCCCAUCUUGAUAUCGCUGGUCCCGCUUGGAAUGGCAAGAAGUCACUCAGCACAGGGUUUGGCGUAUGCACCCUUGUGGAGUGGGUUUCUGCACACAGCAGGCUCCAUAUGCCGAGGUGCAUGCCACGGACUCGUGGCAUGAAUCUGGUCUGCAUUUGGGGACAGAUACAUCCAGUUCCGAAGAUAAUUACGGUCAGAUACAUUCAGGAGAGUGGUAGUGUGAGUACGCCCUCAGUCGCACUCUGCGCGCGCGGUUCUUCCUCACGCGAAGUGGUCCCCACUCAAGACCACAACCGUCUCGGGAGUGCGCACUUUCCACACAGUCGUGGCGUCGGUAUUGGGAUCGCGAUCCAGAGUCGGAGUCAAUCCGACGGCAAGCAUUUGGCAGGGAAGGAGCAGACUGCUGCGCGUCGGGACACCAAGGCAUCGUCAUUGUCGUCAUUGGGAUCUGGAAAAGGCUACAGUCGGGACAACAAAGGAUCAUCGUCGUCGUGGGGAGCUUCUUCCUUCGUCUGGGCAAGCGGAGAAGGAGGGAGAGACAAAGUGGGAGAGGGAGAAAGAGAGAGAGGGGGGGAGAGAGAGAGAGAGCGAGAGGCAGAGGGAGGGGAAGGGGGAGGGAGUGAUCUAGAGAGAAAGCGAGAGGAGGUGGAAAUGGGGGAUCUCGGGACGACGGGGUUCAAUGUUGUAUAUGUGACCGUACCCAAUAAGGAAGUAGGGGAGAAGCUGGCGAGGGGUCUUGUUGAGAAGAGAUUAGCUGCAUGUGUGAAUAUCCUCCCAGGGGUGGAGUCCUUCUACACGUGGGAGGGCAAAAUGGAAAAGGAGUCGGAGCUGUUGCUAAUUAUAAAAACAAGGGUUGGUCUGUUCGAGGACGUGGAGAAAUACGUGGUACUCAAUCACCCCUACGACGUGCCCGAGCUGAUCGCGUUGCCAAUCGUUCAGGGAUCGGCUAAGUACGUGCGUUGGUUAGGGGAGAGCACGCAAGAUCCAGCGGGGAAGCGGGCGUGAAGCAGAGAGAGAGAGAGAGAGAGAAGAGGAGGAAGCACAUUCCAGUAGUCUUCCGAGGAAGAAGCGGAAUGGGAAUCGGUGAGCUACGAUGUGUGGCCAGGGAGAGAGGCUGCCUUAAGCCGU